ACCGGAAGUGAUUCCUGCUAUUGAGGUUGAAAAAUACCGGAUAGCUUCUGAUUGUGUUUGUUAAGGGGGUUUGUUAGUUUCAAGCUGCAGAUAUUCUCUACUAAGAGGUUGCCUGAGCCGUCAAUUCAACUCCAUGUUCACUCUUUCUGUGUUGGUAUGAUAGGUCGUUGGUGAAGGCUGUAGUCAACCAUGUCUGCGGUGUCAUGGAAGGAGAUCUGUCUGCUGAGCGGGCUGGUGAUGCUGUGUUACGGGAACAGCUUGUUCUGUGGUUUUGUUUUCGAUGACGUCUCCGCCAUACUGGAUAACAAAGACCUCCGGCCUUCAACACCGCUGCAGAACCUCUUCCGAAACGACUUCUGGGGUACACCCAUGUCGGAGGAGAGGAGCCAUAAAUCAUACAGACCACUAACCGUUUUGACGUUCCGACUGAACUAUGUGUUCAGUGAGUUGAACGCUGCGUCUUACCACUUCUUAAAUGUGGUGCUUCACGCGGUGGUGUGCGUUCUCUUCGUGCGGGUCUGCCGUCUCUUCCUCGACCCGACAUCCAGUCUGUGGGCGGCUCUGUUGUUCGCUGUGCACCCCGUCCACACGGAGGCCAUAACCGGCGUGGUCGGGAGAGCUGAGCUGUUGUCCUCCAUGUUUCUGUUGGCAGCGUUUUUAGUAUACACUAAAUCUAAAAGUCCAGAUCACUCCAUUGUGUGGAUGCCUAUUGCGGUCACAGUCGUCCUGGUUGGCGCUGCCACCCUCUGUAAGGAGCAAGGAAUCACAGUCAUCGGGAUCUGCUGUGUGUAUGAGGUCUUUGUUGCACAAGAGUUUACCCUGCCUACCCUGGUGGACACCGUAGUGCAGGUACUGCGAGGGAAACACAUCUUGCCUUACGGCAUGCUGCAGGUGCUGCUCAAGCUCAUCGUCCUCAUCAUCAGUACACUGCUGCUGGUCGUGAUCAGAGUGCAGAUCAUCCAGUCGCAGCUACCAGUUUUCACCAGGUUUGAUAACCCAGCAGCGGUGAGCCCUACACCAGCCAGACAGCUGACGUUCAACUAUCUACUACCAGUCAACGCGUGGCUCCUCCUUAAUCCAUCUGAGCUCUGUUGUGAUUGGACCAUGGGGACCAUUCCGUUGGUGGAGACGCUGCUGGACAUCCGUAACCUGGCAACCAUAGCCUUCUAUUUUCUUGUGGCUGUCCUAGCUUGUCAGAGCCUCCGACAUACCCACAGCUCAGCAAAAACUGUUAUAAUGGCGCUGUCUUUGACCGUCCUCCCUUUCAUCCCAGCCUGCAACCUGUUCUUCCCCGUGGGGUUCGUGGUGGCGGAGAGGGUGCUGUACGUCCCCAGCAUGGGAUUCUGCAUACUAGUGGCACAUGGAUUCAGAAGUGUUUCCAGUCAAGGAGGAGCAAAGAAAAUAUCUUGGCUAUUGAUGGGAAUUCUCCUGUUGACACAUGCUAUGAAAACGUUCCACCGGAACUGGGACUGGGAAUCCGAGUACACCCUGUUCACCUCGGCAUUAAAAGUGAACAAGAACAAUGCCAAGCUCUGGAACAAUGUGGGGCACGCUCUGGAGAAUCAAAACCGAUAUGAAAUAGCCUUGAGAUAUUUCCUUCAGGCCACUCGAGUACAGCCAGAUGACAUCGGAGCUCACAUGAAUGUGGGGAGAACCUACAAGAACUUAAACCUGUCCCAGGAGGCGGAAGAGGCGUACAUGGUUGCAAAAUCUCUUAUGCCGCAGAUCAUUCCAGGGAAGAAAUAUGCUACACGUGUUGCUCCUAACCACCUGAAUGUCUAUAUAAACCUUGCCAACUUGAUCCGGGCAAAUGAGUCACGCCUGGAGGAAGCCGAUCAGCUUUACCGGCAAGCCAUCAGUAUGAGGCCGGACUUCAAGCAAGCCUAUAUAAGCAGGGGCGAGCUUUUAUUGAAGAUGAAUAAACCCACAGAGGCUAAGGAUGCCUACCUCAGGGCCCUCGAGUUGGACCACACCAACGCUGACCUGUGGUACAAUCUGGCUAUAGUCCACAUUGAGAUGAAGGAGCCUGCGGAGGCCCUCAGGAACUUCAAUCAGGCCCUUCAGCUCCACCCCCGGCACAAGCUGGCCUUGUUCAACUCGGCUCUACUCAUGCAGGAGUCUGGCGACGCCAGACUCCGUCCAGAGGCAAACCGCCGCUUCCUCACGUACGUAGAAGAGGAGCCAAAGGACGCCAACGGCUAUUUCAACCUGGGAAUGCUCGCCAUGGACGCCGGCGAGAAUGAACCCGCCGAGCACUGGAUGCGGAAGGCCAUCCACCUGCAGGCCGGCUUCCGAAGCGCUCUGUUCAAUUUGGCGCUGCUGUACUCGCAGUCCCGGCGGGAGCUGGACGCCCUGCCUGUGUUGGACGAGCUGUUGCGGUACCAUCCAGAGCACAUCAAAGGCCUCAUUCUGAAGGGAGACAUCCUCAUGAACCACAAGAAAGACACGCGCGGAGCCAAAGCCUGCUUCCAGCGCAUCUUGAGCAUGGACCCCACCAACGUGCAGGGCAAACACAACCUGUGUGUGGUCUACUUCGAGGAGCGAGACCUGCCGCGCGCCGAGCGGUGCCUCGAGGAGACACUGGCCAUGGCUCCACACGAGGAGUAUGUCCGCAGGCACCUGAACAUCGUCCGCAGUAAGAGGGCAGCGAUUACUGCUUCGGGCCAAGUUGUGUUGCCAGUAGAGGGCGCUGCUUCCUCAGCGAUGGAGGGGGAGAGGAAGGAGCGGCAGAAAGGGCAGCAGCCUGUCAGUCUGGGAGCCAAGCCGGGGGAUGGGAAGGAGAAGAAUGUGCGGAAAUCCUCCCCUGGAGAAGGCUCUGAUAGCCGGGGCCAGGACCAAUCAACGGACCUGGAGGGCAGCCAGCCUGACAAGCGGACUAAGAGCAAAUCCACGAAAGAGAUUAAAGACAUUGAACAGAAAAGGGCAGCUGCCUUGAAAAGACUGGAGGAGAUUGAGCGCAUAUUAAGCGGUGAUUAACCUUGUUGUUUGUUUGUCUGUCUGUCGCUGGCUACUUUUUAUAGAACAAUUUAAAAGCUCAAAUGUGAGUCCAUUUUCAAAAACAAGUCCUGUUUCAGGCUUUGCAUGUCCUUAUUAACUUAAGUUCCCUUUUUCAGAUACCGGUUGAUACAGUGAAAUGGAGACGUUAGUUGUCACUUUACUUUUGAAGCCAAUUUAAAAAAAAGAACCCCAUGCAAAAUGGAAAAACCUCAAAUCACGAAAAAUAAAACGGUCUUCUCUGCUGUUCUUUGAUUUUAAUGUUAAUUUAUAGGUGUUAUCAAAUGAUGUUUCUUUUUUCUCUCAAGGGAUUUUGUCUGUUAGUUAAUGGGUCAUUAUCCCUCCGUGAUCUCAUGCCGUUUUAAAUGGAGCUGCAGAGGGCUUUAGACAAUCACGACAUCAUGACACCAUUGAUUUAAUCUCGAUCAAAGUUUAUCACCUCCUUCCAGAUGGUUGAGGGUGGGUUCCUGCAUGUAUUGUAAUCUCGGUGCCUUAGUUCAGAGUUAUUUCACAGUGUUAACGCCCAGAGCACCCAGUUCUCCACAUAGCUACACCACUUUGGCAUCUGAUUGUUUGACAUCUACUCCCAGACAACUUGUGUUUUUUCCCCUCUCGUGGCUGCAGCGUGACCUUGGAUUUCGGUUAGACUAAGUUUGAUACUCUUCAGCUCUUUGAACUUGUAAUUGCGUUAACUCUUUGGUUACUUUUCAGAUAAGAUCUGGCAGAUUGUUUUUUUUUUUUCAUGUUGUGUUUCACUUUUAGUCUUGUCAAACGGCUUUAGCAGCUUUAUUUUUUUAUUUUAUUUUUUUAAGUUAUCUGAUUUCAAUCACUAUUUCCUGUAGGGAUACAUCACUAAAGUCUACCUUUCACAUCACUGGCAUAAACGUUCUGAUUCCUCAGUACCAUGCAAAAAAAAAAAAAAUAGUUCUCUCUAAUUUGUGUUUAUAGUUUAUGGCUAAAACCCUUGAGUAAGCAUCAUGGUAUAUCAGAAUAUGGAUCAGUUUUCACAUCAGGAUUUUUUAAGUUUACUCACUGAAUAUUUGCACUAGCAUUUAAUAAAGUUACCCAAUCUCCAA